GAAUAGGGGAGGGGAGUUGAAAGCAGGGUGAGGGGAAGAAAGACUGGGAAAAGAGAGAAAACAAAAGAAAGAGCCAGACGGAGAAGGGGGGGAAGGGGGCUUCUGAAUGGCUACGGAGGAGACAGCCGGGGGAGCCCGAAAGGCUACCAAGAGCAAACUGUUUGAGUUCCUGGUCCAUGGAGUGCGUCCGGGAAUGCCCUCUGGAGCACGGAUGCCCCACCAGGGAGCUCCCAUGGGCCCCCCGGGCCCCCCGUAUGGAGGGAACCCGCCCGUGCGUCCAGGCAUGCCCAACCCAGCGAUGGAGCCCAGUCGUAAACGCCCUGGCCCCACGCAGCAGGUCCAGCAACAGCAGCAAGCUGUCCAGAACCGGUCCAGAAAGAAACCAGUUGGAUUCCCUGGAGCCAAUGAGAUCGCAACAAGACAGAUGGACAUGCGAGAAGCCCAAUCAGAUCCCACGCUUGGAUCAAAUGCCAAGAGAAGGAAAAUGGCAGACAAGAUUCUCCCUCAGAGGAUCCGUGAAUUGGUCCCAGAGUCCCAGGCCUACAUGGACCUCUUGGCGUUUGAGCGCAAGCUAGACCAAACCAUCAUGCGGAAACGGGUGGACAUUCAGGAGGCCCUGAAGAGACCAAUGAAGCAAAAACGCAAACUUAGGCUGUACAUCUCCAACACCUUCAACCCUGCCAAGCCAGAUGCCGAUGACUCUGAUGGCAGCAUUGCAUCAUGGGAGCUGCGAGUUGAGGGAAAGUUGCUGGAGGAUCCUGGAAAGCAGAAGAGGAAGUUCUCCUCUUUCUUCAAGAGUUUGGUGAUUGAGCUCGACAAAGAUCUGUACGGCCCUGACAACCACCUGGUGGAGUGGCACCGGACCCCCACCACCCAGGAGACAGAUGGCUUCCAGGUGAAGAGGCCAGGAGAUGUCAGCGUGCGGUGUACAUUGCUGCUGAUGCUGGACUACCAGCCCCCCCAGUUCAAGCUGGACCCACGCUUGGCCCGCCUACUGGGCAUCCACACCCAGACCCGCUCAGCCAUCAUCCAGGCCCUCUGGCAGUACAUCAAGACCAACAAGUUACAGGAUGCCCACGACAAGGAGUAUAUCAACUGUGACAAAUACUUCCAGCAGAUCUUUGACUGCCCCCGGCUCAAAUUCUCAGAGAUCCCACAGCGUCUCACAAGCCUGCUGCUGCCCCCCGAUCCCAUUGUUAUAAACCAUGUUAUCAGUGUGGACCCCAAUGACCAGAAGAAGACUGCCUGCUAUGACAUCGAUGUAGAGGUGGAAGACCCCUUGAAGAGUCAGAUGAGUAGCUUCCUGCUGUCUACAGCAAAUCAGCAAGAAAUCGCCUCCCUGGAUAACAAGAUUCAUGAGACCAUAGAGUCUAUUAAUCAACUGAAAAUCCAGAGGGACUUCAUGCUUAGUUUCUCCAAAGAUCCAAAAGGCUACAUCCAAGACUGGCUCAAGUCCCAGAGCAGGGAUCUUAAGGUGAUGACAGAUGUAGUUGGUAAUCCUGAGGAGGAGAGAAGGGCAGAGUUUUACCAUGAGCCCUGGUCUCAGGAGGCUGUUAGUCGAUACUUCUAUUGCAAGAUCCAACAACGGCGACAAGAGCUGGAGCAGGCCCUGGCUGUGCGCAACACUUAAACUCUUCCCUAAACCACCGGGCCCCUCUUUCCCUAUUUAGUUCCUGACAGACACAUACCCUUGUUGGUUUCUUAGUAGAUAUUUUUGUUUCUUUUAAUUUAAUUUAGUGACCUGCUGUGACCUGAAGGUUAUGGCCAAUCAUGUGGCCUACAUUGUGGGCCAACUUUUCUAUCCCAUUGAAGUCAAACUCUGGCACGCUCUCAUCCCCCCUCAAACACAUACGCACUCAUUAUGUGCUGACACAGACAGCUGAUUUCAGCUUGGUGUGGCUGUCGCCUUUCGUAAACCUGAGGAUCAGAGAACAGUUACGGUCUUCUGCUUCCUUUCAUUGUUCCUGAAGUGCGUCUGAUUUUUUAACAUCGCCAACCUGCAGCUCCAGCCAAAAAGACCAUUAGGCCUAAUGCCUGUAUAUUCUGUACAGCUUUACAAAGACUGCCCGGGUGCAUGUAUUGUUUUUUAAUCUCGUCUCAAAGCGUACCGGUUACAUUCUCUCAGACUGAACUGCAGCAGUGAACGGGGAAGUACCAGGGACAGUUUUGAGGCUGUGUUUGUCACUGUUUAUUUCGUAUCAGUGUUCUUACAAUAGAAUCUUCAUUAGCUCUGAGUGUGGACCUGCACUGUCAGUGUUUAGCCAACAAAUCCCAUGUCCUAGUCUCUGUGACAAGCCUUCAGUGUUAGCGGUGCGCCCCGACUGUCAUCCGCGUAGUGUCAGUGUUGUUCCCUUGUGUUUUACACCAGUAUUCACUCUGAUUGCCGCAUGAGGCUUGACUAUGAGGAAAUGAGGAAAUGAGGAAGUUUUUAAAUGGAAAAUAAUUACAGUUAUUUACCUUGAUUUGUGCUCCUUGUUUCCAGUAGCAGUAUUUCCUUGUAUCAAACGCGUGGGCAUAUGUAUUUGAAGAUGAAGUAGGUCAACAUCAUACAUGUGAGAUACCUUCAUUAAAACAGACUCAGACAUUACACCCAGCCUUGGAAUGUACAUGCACUACCAGACCAGCUAGCGUGUAGUGUAUAUACUUGUAGGGCACGUUUUAUGUGACCGUAGGAAUCCAUCCAUCCAUCCAUUAUCUGAACCCGCUUAUCCUGAACAGGGUCGCAGGGGGGCUGGAGCCUAUCCCAGCAUACAUUGGGCGACAGGCAGGAAAACACCCUGGACUGGUCGCCAGUCCAUCGCAGGGCACACACACCAUUCACUCACACACUCAUACCUACGGGCAAUUUAGACUCUCCAAUCAGCCUAACAUGCAUGUCUUUGCACUGUGGGAGGAAACCGGAGUACCCGGAGGAAACCCACGCAGACACGGGGAGAACAUGCAAACUCCGCACAGAGAGGCCCCGGCCGACGGGGAUUCGAACCCAGGACCUCCUUGCUGUGAGGCGACCAUAGGAAUAACAGUAAAUCUAUAAUGCAGUAUCUGUUGAUAACCAGAGGGUGUAGGCUAUGAGUCUGCCCAGCUUGCAUAUGAAGCAAGCCUAUUCCCCUUAUGUCAGUGUCUGUAGCAAGAACACACACUGUAAUCAGAGUGAACUCAAUUUUUCACGGAACCCUGGAAAAAAAAGAAUCAUGCAAAGCCUUUGUUCAACAACAAUGCUUUUCCCUGCAUACAAGUUUCCUUGUCGGGAACUAGUAGGCUGACUGCAAAGGGAAAUUAAAUGGAACUUAUUUAUGACAGCUGGACAUAAAAGCAAAUUACCUUCGGAUUGAAAUUUUUAUGCCUUAAAAUCCCUUAAACAUGCGAACCAAAACUUAUUUGCACUGGCCAGCAUUUUUUCUGUCGGAAUCCUUUCUGAUAGAAGUGCUGUUAUUCCAUUGUUACAGAUGGUACCGAUACAUUUUGGGAAUGUUACACAUUUGUAGGUUGCUACACUUUUGGUAUUUAUUUUAUUUUAUUUACUAUCAGGGUACGUAGGGAAACAGAUGAAUCAAGUUUCAGACUCAUUUUAGAUAUUCUGAAAAUCUAUUUAUUGGAAAGAUGUAAAAUAUUUGGUUGCUAAGGGAACAUAACAUUCACUGUAUGAAAAGGCGAUUGUUGAUAAUUGUGUUAUAAUCAUCAGUAUACAUACAGUUGUGUUCAAAUAAAUAGCAGUGCGUUAAAAAAAGUGAAUAAAGUGCAAAACGUUUUUUAUAGCUUUUAGUUUAGCAUAUUUCAAAUGUUGUGGAAACAUUACACAUUCAAUUCCAAAUCAAAGCAUUAACACAUUUAUCAAGUCCGCGUUAUUCUUUUACAGGAAGCAAAGAAAAGAAUAUUUAUCUGUUAAAAAAUAACUAAUAUCUAGUUGCAUAACCAUUGUUUUUGAUAACUGCUCCGCAUCUGCGUUGCAUUGAGUCAACCAACUUCUCUCACCUAGAACCAGGUAAUUCAGCCCAGGAUAAACAAACUACAUUCCACUAGUUUUUGGGUUUUGCUUCAGAAACUGCAUUUUUAAUGUCACCCUACACGUUUUCAAUGGGGUUGAAGUCAGGGGGUUGAGCUGGCCACUCCAUUACCUCAAUCCUUUUUGUCUGGAACCAAGAUGUUCCUCGCUUACUCAUGUGUUUGGGGUCUUUGUCUCGUUGGAUACCUAUUUCAGGGGCAUUUCCUCUUCGGUAUAUGGCAACAUAAUCUCUUCAAGUAUUUUGAUGUAUUCCAACUGAUCCAUGAUCCCUGGUAUACGAACCCAACACCGUUGUGUGAAAAACGUCCCCAUACCAUGAUUUUUGCGCCACCAUGCUUCACUGUCUUUACAGUGUACUGUGGCUUGAAUUCAGUACCCAGGGGUAGUCUGACAUACUGUCAACGACUACUAGACCCGAAAAGAACAAUUCUGCACAAACCGAUUCUGCACAUGCCAUUUUUUCAACAAUGGUGCUUUACGGUGGCUUCUUGCUGAUAGCUUAGCUUCGAUCAAACAUCGUCUGACUGUAACAGCACUUACAGGUAAUUGUAGAUCAUCUUUGAUCUUUCUGGACAAUUUUUCGAUCUGUUCUACCUUAAUAAAAGACAAUUAAUGACAGAAUUAAUGAAUUCUCUAAUUAAACUCCACACUGCUAUUAUUUUGAACACGCCCCUUUCAAUGAAUGAGUCAAUUACUCAGAACAAGCAGCGUGCAUGUCUUGACAGUUGGGUCUGUUGUUUUUCUAUUACACUACUACAUCUACAAGUAAAUUAUUUGCCAUGCAGAAAUAUCACUACUACUAAUAAAAGUGGUUCAUCAGGUU